CAGUCUCAUUUCAUUUGGUUAUUUACAGGAACUCGGAAGAUAAUGGCUCUGAUGCCAGAGACCUCACCAUGGAACUUAUAAACAGUAAGCUAUAAAUCAUCUAGCGUUUUGCUAGGGUUUCCGUUUGUCUAGGCUAACCGGGUGUUAACCCGGGAAAGCCUAGGCAUUGGAGGCUAGAUUCGGCUCCUCAAUUCGAACGGGAUCUUCACUGGCCAAUGGCACAAUCGCCUUGCAUUCGGCAAGGGCACGGUGCAGCAUCACCAACCAGCUUCGAUCACCAACGAGAGAAGGAAGAACCAGAGACCUCUCUGAAACCACUGGAAGAGCAGAAGCAGCCAAAGGAGCACCUAGAAAAGGGACAACCUCAAGACAAUCCGUCAGCACCAAAUCAGCAACAACAAUUACCAAAAGACACUUCAUCUUCUCCAAGACAAGAACACAACCCUGAUAAACCGGAAACGGUGAAUGAUCGACAGCCUACGUACCGCCAAGUAACCUUACCGGCUUCAGCAACCUCUGCAGAAGCAGUAGCAGCGACACCAGCGGCAGCCCCUGUAUCACUUUCCGUAUCAAGCAAGCAUUCUCUUCGUAGUCCAGUCUUUGCUGAUCUUCCUGUAUCAUCGGCGUCAUCCUCCAAGAUCAACGAAACAUCACACCCCAAACUUGGGGGAUCGAAAUUACGAGGAAUCAAUGUUGGUACCAGUAGCGGUAUUCAUAACUCUACCAUAACAAUCACAACUAAAGGGAAGCCAACAUAUGACAGAAUGGAAGCUUUAGGAGGAUCGGGGUAUCCGUACGGCGCCUCCUUCAUGGUUCCCGCCAACGCAGCGGCCUACAAACCCGGUGGAAAUAUGCCCCCUCCGCAGUUACAUCUCCGUGGACCCUGGCCCCCGCCACAUAUCGAAGGCUAUGCGAGCCUGCCUGUCGGAGCCUCUUCUCUCUACCCACCGUACCUGUCGUUGAGUGGUUUGUCGCCAUCGGCUGCUCCUCUUGGUGGGGUCUCGUUUCUGCCACAGUCCUCAAUGCACAGCUCAGAUGGUCAACCUGUACCAGCCACUAUUCAUCCGCCGCAAACGGACAGCAAGGGCAUGAUCUCCCACCAUCACCUCUCAGCGAUGAAGGAGAAAGACGGGCUGCUGGAUAGUCCGAAACAUCACACCGUCACCGUGGGCAAGCAGCGGCAUACCACACUGCUCCCUCCCAAAAUGGAAAGUGAUGUCAGCGCGGCGAUGAGGCCAGGAAAACAUGAUAAAUCGGUUUCCAGGGAAGGACAUGGCAAUGACUCGCAAUCCCGACAAAAUCAGCAUCAAACGAGCGGAAAGAGGCACGUCAAAGAGGAGACGCAUCCGCCGCACGUGGAGAGCGGUGCCUCAAAAAAUCCAUCCAGCGCGGGAUGGGAAGGCGGUGUCGAGAGCAGGACGCAUAAAAGGGCGGGGCAGGGUGGUCCGGAUGGUGGGAAGGGGAAUUCCCCGCCGUCAUCGUCCUCGCAGAGUAAGGAGAAACGCGAGAGCAGCGGAACCGUCGAUGGGCAUGAGAGGAAAAAGAAGAGCUCAAAGAAGAAGUUUGAGCAUGCCGAUGAGAAUGGCAAUUCAUUAAAAACGAACGAUGGUAAAGCAGUUGCUACAGGAAAGACAUUGUCAGAGAGGUUAGGAAGUCCAUCAGAGGGUGGAAAGGGGUCUGCCCCAGGAAUUGGGUUAAUGAACAGCAUGGGGACUGUAUUAUCUGUAGGUGUGGAACCAUACGCCAUCCCAGGAGAUAUUCACCACACAGCAUCACUAUUAAAGACAGUGUCACCACCGUUGACUGUCCCUGGUAGCCUUACAGAAGGGUCUAAGCAACUGCAGAAAGCAUCUCCUGGACUUAGUCCUGCACUCAGUCCAUCAGGAGAUACGUCUUCACUAACUCAUAUGAGAAGACACUCACCAAAGGAUAUUUCAAAAAAGACUUCAGAUAUUGGAGGGUCAAAGCAAGGAAAAGAAGGGAAGAAAGAUGACAAGUUUACUAAAGACUUGCUAUCAACUGGAGAGAAACUUGUGAGCCCACCUUCAGGUGCACCACCUUCUAAGGUCAGCCCACAAGUCUCGGCGGCAUCGGUUAGUGAUCCAUCCCCUACUCAAGCUGCACCCACUAUAUCACCAUCCAACACCAACGCUCCUGUUCACUUGGGGUAUAUGCCAAUGUAUUUGCCAAACACAUGUCAGCUGAGUCUAGAUAAAGAAACGAACAAAGAUGCGCCGAAGAGUGGAACAAAAGUACAUGCCACCACGUUUGUACCGGCCCCGGGGGAAUUCAUACCCGGUCCGGCCACCAACGCAACCGCCGGAGUAUCAUCAGGGAAAGACGCAAAAUGUAAAACAUCACCGUCGCUGCCUGUGAAUUCAAAUGGGAAAUCCCCAACUUCCCAUCUAGGCAAGAGUAAGAGCAGUGAUGCCAAUGGGAAAAAGGAAUCACCGAAGACUUGGGGUGCGCCAAAGAAUAUAGCCCAGAACACAGGGGAGAAAUGCGAUGGAAGUAGUCGACUGGACGAUAAGAAAACAUCCAGUAAGUCACCUGGUAGUGAUUUUACGGACAGCGGGAAAGGAACUUCUGUAGGUUCUGAUUCAAAGGAUGAUAUGCAUUCCAAACAUGAUGACGAAAGAAGAGAUUCACAUGGAAAGAAAAGACACCUUAGUGGCAACUCAAGCAGUUCAAAAUACGAUUCUAGAAGUGAAAAUAAACCUGACAGGACUAGUGGUAGUCACAGCAGUGGGAAACACAGCAAUCGUGCACGGAGUAUAUCUGGACCCGACACUGGGGUUGCAGGUUUAUCUUCACCUCGGGAAUACAGCUCAAGGCAUAGUGACAGACACGCAAUAGACAAAUCCCUUGAAGAACACCGCCGGAGUAUGGACCUGGUGACUGGGAGGGUUGGUCAUCCCAGUCUCUAUUACGACAUGACUAUGGCCAGCGACAGGUCAAGGACAGACACAACCCUCCCGUUGCCCACUUACCAUGGCGAAUGUUUCACGCCAUCCUCUGCAGCUCAUGAAGCAGCGCUAGCAAGGCAUGAAAGCAUGCUUCGGACAGCUCUCAUGGGAAGCGCUCACCGCGUACCCACCGGCACUCCCCUGGUAUCUUCGCCGAGUUCGCAACCGUUCGUUUCCAGUCAUGCCACUUCAGUCUCGAACUCACACACACCUUCAAGUAGCAAAAAGACAGUCGGAUCUAGCAGCGAAGGGACUGGUCUUCAAGGACGUGGGACACCAGGGAUCAAGGUUUCGGAUGGGAGGUGUCCACCGAUCGGAAUUGCUGUGGCGCAGCAGAGACAAGAUGGUGAUAACACAGGAACACAAGGAAGGCAUCCGCCUCGUUCGAAUUCUAGAAGUGCUAGUUCUAGCCCUCAUAUCAGCCGUGUCUUGCCUUCUUCAUCGUCGUUAAGUGACAAACGAGAGCCCGAUGAUGAACGGCUCGGGAGGAAUCGGGACACAGGAAGCGGGGGACAUAGCAGACUGAGCGACCGGGAACAAAGAAUGGCCAGAGAUCAGUCACCAAGGGAAUCCCGCUCGAACAGUGAAGUACCUUUUCAUGUCGGCCCACAUCGAAGAUACCAGCAUGACCUGAGUGCCAAUCUGGUUGUGACAGGUGGCGGAACUAUUGGUCGGCCCGAUACCACCAUCCACCCUCAUCUGCCAGCCACGCCCCACCACUGGUUACCCCGUCCUCCAAGCCACGCAAGUGGGACGCCCUCACCCCUGUGGCCGUACGGGAUACCUUCAUCGUCAUCACCGAUGAGCUCCAGCACCCUAGAAGCGUCUCCACGCGGAUCUCCCUUUCCUGUCGGACCGGGCGGAAUGCACUGGGCACAAGAUCCAACGACGGGCCAACUUAUGUUGGUUCCGCCACACCCGGUUCACCCGGACAGUCCUCUGUCAAACCUUGUCUGGCCACGAUAUUUAGUCCCUCCUCACCUUCAGCCUCACAGUCACCAACUCCAGCAGCUGAUGUUAAACCAGUUCCCAUACGGUCCGAUUCCGGGCCCGGCUCAUCCCUCCCAACAUCCGGGUCUUCUCCAGCACAUACCGGGGGCGGGAGGCAGUUCAGAAGUUCAGGCCUUCCUCCAGCAACAGCAUGAGGCCAUUGCAAACAUGUACCGUCAGGCCGAGCAGCAAGAUCGGAAUAGGAAAGAACAACCCAAGCCUCCGAGUAACGACCCAAGCAGUUUGAAACUCUCGUCUGAAUCACUAAAAUGUGGGAGUGGUCAUCACAGGAACCGACGAGAAUCAGGUGACGUGAAAGGAGAGGUACGACCAGAGAGCAGGCAGUCAGAGAGGUGUAGAACGGGAUCGCAAGAACCUCUGGACAUCAAACAUUCCAUCCACCAUCCGCCAUCACCAUUCUUGCAAGCAAUUCCUGUCGCGGCAUCGCAACACCCAUCUCUUCCUUUCAUGUACCCUCCCUCAGUACCCUAUCUUUAUGAGAAUCCCCCAUCCGUUUCAGGACCACAAACGCCAUGCUCACGGGCAAAUCAAGACACAAAGGACAAGAAAGAAUUUUUACCUGAUAGGUCUCAUGCGAUCCAAACACAAAUCCCGCCUUUGCGGCCGAACAAGGACAAGAAAGAAGGUGUUUUAAAAAGUACUAGCGUGCAAACGUCUCCCGCCGAAACGCCGCCGGCACCAGCGGCGAAAAUUGAAGUGGAUCGGGAGGAAGAAAAUGACGCCAAUGUUAAUAGCCCAAGUGCCAAAGUCUCACGUACGCAACAAACUGAGAUGAACCAAAAUAAACUUUUAAUAGAACCCAAUAUUGAUGUGGUAACGGUGGAUUCUCCCGAGGUUUCUAGGACUCCAUCAACCCCUUUGUCUUCAGAAAUCACUAUUGCUCAAACGAAGACGGAAGACGACGUGGAGCGCGAAGAAGAGAGUUUGUAUGAACAUUUUAAGCAAACAAGUAUUCAAAGUGACAUAAAUAGUACUGAUGUAAUGAGCGUGAAAGAAGAAGAGAUCAAAGACAGUAAUCUGCAAACUGAGAAUGAGGAGAUUGUUCUUCAAACCUUGAGCGAAUCGCAGAAUGAGGAAACAAUGCAAUGUGAAGGAGUGCGGGAGGAUACCGACAAUCUACCUUCAGACGCUGGAGCAGUGCCCAGCAUUGCGACCCCACCAAUGGUGGUGGUAACGGAAAGUAAAAGUGCGGUUACAUCGCUGUUAACCGAAAGCACAAGCAUGUCUGUUCCAACGACCAGUCGGGAAACUCUAAUCACCAACGUCCUGACAACAAUGCAGACUUUUGCUACUAAUGUGGAUGGACUGGAUCAGGAUCAAAUCGCUGCCAUUGAAGGCAUCGCUCUUCUCAGUGAAGUUGCAGAGCGAAAAGCAUUGGCAUCUAGAGCAGAAUUUUGGAACUGCGUCGCUGAGCAACAUCGGACAGAAAAUUCUGAUGAGCUGGAUGAAACCGAAUCAACGACGACAGAAUCCAAUGUUCCCCUCCAAGGCAAUUCUGUCAGUGCCAUGACCUCGAACGGAGGCUGCGACCUGGAUAAUGACGACCUAACUGGUAUUUCCCCGGGUGAACUCAGUCUCAAGAUACGAUGCCCAAUCACUAUCAAGAAAGAGGCAAAUGGGCGGAGUGAAGUAUCGGCAUGUGGAACCCCUCUGGGAUCAGCAGAGAAUAUGAACCCAAUGGAACUAGAGAUGAGGAUGAAACUAGCAGAACUUCAGAGGAAAUACAAGGAGAAGAAGAAGGAACUAGACAAACUACAAAAGAAAAAGGACAAGAAAGCAAGAGAGGACUCUAAGAACACUAGUAGCCCUACAUCUACAGAGAAGAGACGAGGGAGGGGACGGCCUAGGAAAAGAAAGUUCAGCAGCAAAUCCAGCACAGAGACACAAGAAGAAGCUACGAAAGAGGCUCCAAAAGCGGUUCCGAAAGAAAGUCCCAAGGAAAAGGAAGUAAAGAGUCUGCAUUCAUCUGCCAAAGUUCUCUUGGAAGCUGCUGCAUCAUUGGAAGAACCCGUGGUGGUGCCCAAGAAGAAAAAGAAGAAAGAACACAAGACCAAGAAGGAAUCUAAGGAAUCUAAAGAAUCCAAGGAACAGAUGAAAGAAACAAAGGGAGUGAAGGAGCCAAAAGACAAGACCACCAAACUGGUUAAGAAGACCAAGAAGUUGAAGAGCAAGACCGGUUCCGGUGGCUCUCUUCUGGUCCCAGGCUCCGGUGACUCAAAACCCCUCAUUAAGAAGAAGAAGGACAAAUCUGGCUCAAAAAAUCUUUCUCUGAAGUCGGGAACUGAAGGACAAUUUACUGCUUUGAAGGUCAAAAGUUCUAAGAGUGGUAAGAAGCGUACUGGCUCACCCGUCAGAUCCGAUGUCCCCACCAAGAAGCAGCACAUCUCAAAGUCGGCCUCGAAGAAACUCCAUUUUUCAAAUCUUGCCAGUCACGACUCAUUCACAUCAGACACAGACUCCGGUAGUGUCAUUUGGCCCAGUAAGGCCACGCCCAUCAAGACCACACCCACUUCCCCAUCUUCUGCUUCUGUCAAGCCGCUCAAAUCGCCCAAGGUCAAGACCAAGACCAAGAAGCUGAAGAACAAAGAAGGAAAGAUGGGCAUGCAUUCUGGGAAGAAGAAGAAGAGCAAGUCCAAGGUUGCGCUCGCGGGGGCAACGUCUCCCGCUGCCAGCGCUAACGUAGCACCACCACCACCGCCAUCUUCAAAGCUUGAUGCCUUCGCUGCAGAGAACAAACUGAAACCAGGCUUGUUGAUCUCCCAUGUAUAUGGAGAGGACAGUGAUUCUACCCUGGAGGACGGCAGCACGGCAACAACCACCACUUCCUCCCAACCCAGCGGAACCAGCUGGAGCAAUCACAAAGGCCUUGCUCUCCUUGCCGAACUCUCCUCCAACCAGUCCUCCUCGUGCUGUGCCACGCCCACCAAAGUCAAGAAGAAGAAGAUCAAGGACAAGUCCAAGACUCUGACGUUGUCAUCGCUUCACGGUGCCACCAAGAAGGUCAAAGGAGUGGCUCGGUUGAAAGGGUCCGGUGCAGUCAAGGUUGGGGGCAAGAAGAUCAAAGUCAUGAAGAAGAAACUGAUUUCUGCAAAUGGUGAGAAGAGGACUGUUAAGAAAAUUAAGAAAGUGAAUAAGGCAGAGAAAUCCUUCAAGUCAUCAAGUACGUCUUCCAAGGGUGAGAAGCCAAAGAAGGUCAAACAGAUCACCAACAAAAACACCAACAAGAAUGAGAGCAAAACGAAUCAAAGGCAAUCACCCAAUCAUCCAGGUCCUUCUGUAUCUUCAGCACCUGCCCCGCAGUUUGAUGAGAGGAGCUGGUGUCGACGCAGGAGUGAAAGGAUCUUCUUGAGCGACAUAAGUCCGGUACAGUCUCGGGAUAUCAGCCCACAGCGGAAAAUGGAAUUGGCGGAGCCAGCCAAGAGAAAGAUUCUGCAAUCUCCGGGGAUGAAGAAGGAGCCUUCAGGUCCUGGACAAAAUGCAGCAAGUGCAGCAGGGUCCAACCAGGGUGGGAUGGUGAACCAGAUUGGAAGUGUUCUGGAUGCCCUCAAGACUGAUCCUCUACAGAUGAGGAAGAAACUGAUCCGACUUAGUGCCCAAGAGGAUGAAGAGGGUGACGACGGUCAACCCCAAGAUGAAACAAGGCGGAAGAAGCUGAAGAAGAAAGCCAAGAAGAAGGACAAGACACCGACUCAAGACAAGUUAAAUCCUUUGGAAAUGGCUCUGAGGGCCUUAGAACAGGAAUCUACAGACAGUAGUGACAGUGAUGGAGAAAAUGUUCCACUUAGCUCCUUGGUGGAGAGGCCAUCAACCCCAGCCCCACGUAAUUGUGUGCUUUCUGUUGAUGAACUCAAGGAUGGCCUUCGGGUUCUUAUACCCAUCGAUGGUCUCUUCCAUGCAGGAAAUGUACGAGCAAUCCAGCCACCUGAUGUUUAUGGCGUUGUGAUUGAAGGUGGGCGGGGCAGUCGACCGCAUGUCUUUUCUCAAGAGCAGAUCCUGCAGGAAGCUAUCGCUGAUGUCAAGCCAUCUUCCACCAGGUACCUUCCAGAGGGAACCCGCAUCUGUGCCUACUGGAGCCAACAGUACAAAUACCUCUACCCGGGCACGGUGGUCAAGGGCUCCCCAAAUCCCACCCUCGAUGCCAACUUCACCACCGUGGAGUUUGACGAUGGGGACUCUGGACGAAUCCCUCUGGAUCAUAUCCGAAUGCUUCCACAAGACUUUCCAUUGGUGGACUUUGAGCCAUCUCCUAUCAUGGUGCAACGGAAACGGAGGAGAAGACCUUCUGAGACUAGUUCGACCACAGAAUGGAAGAUGGAACUUGUUAAGGCAGAUGAUAUGGAUGAUAGAUUGGAUGGUAAGAGACGAGAAUAUUCCUGGAGGUCCCAAAGCAGCAAGGAUGACAUCAAUCCCGUCUCUGAGGGGGACAAUGAUGUCUUCCUCCCAUCUGCACCCAAGCUCAAGAAAACAGGGGAUCAGAAAUCAAAGAAAGUACUCACCAAGAAAAACAAGUCCAAGCUCAAACUCAAGACCAAAGCGAAGGGUCUCUCCAUCCCCAAGGGAUCCAAGCUUCAGCAGUCUGGUGGCUCUUCCCUCAAGCAGAAGAUGGGAAAGCUCACCAAGCUGAAGAAGCGGAAGGGGAUGGUAUCAUCAACAUCCAAGUUUGGUCAGAAGAUGUUGCAGAAGGGCCAGGGGAAGUCGUUUGCCGUGAAAGCCAAGAAAUCAAAGCUCUCGCCAUCAGGGCUGUCGGCUGACAGGAAAAUGGUUGGCGCAAAGAAGAAGGGGCCAAAGAAGAAGCUGGGAGGUAAAGCCAAGUGCACGGUAGAGAUCGAAACGGUUUAUUCUUCUGAGGUUUACCCUGAUGAGCCGGACUAUCCAGACGGUCUGGGUGGAACACUUGGAAGCUUUGACUCUGAUGACUCAAGUGAUGAUGAGAGUGAUCACUAUACAAAGAGUGCCGACACCUUGAUGAAGAAGAAGAAACUCAAGAAAAAGAAGAAAGGUUCUUUGUCAUCGUCAUGCAAUGUACAAGCUGCGUUUUCUCCACCACUACAAUUCUGGCGUUGGUUAGGCAAGGCGACUCAGAGGAGAGGUAGCAAGGGUAAAGCACGUAAACUCUUCUACAAGUCUAUCGUCAGGGAUAAGGAAAUCAUCAGGGUUGGCGAGUGUGCCAUUUUCCUAUCUACAGGGCGCCCCCACCUGCCCUACAUCGGUCGCAUCGAGAGUAUGUGGGAGUCUUGGGGAGGUAUGAUGGUGGUCCGUGUCAAAUGGUUUUAUCAUCCGGAGGAGACCAAAGGGGGACGGAAACCAAAUGAUGGCAAGAUGGCGCUCUACCUGUCCCAACACGUCGAUGAAAAUGACGUCCAGACCAUCUCUCACAAGUGCGAGGUACUGUCGAUAGACGAUUACAAGCAGUAUGUGUCUGGCAAGAAGAACCUCAACACGAUAGUCCGUGCCAGUGAUAUCUACUACCUAGCCGGCACCUACGACCCGGGGAGUGGCCAUACCGUAUCAGCCAAUUGAUCCAGGCGCCUGUCAUUAAACAAGGCAGUAGAUCCUGCCUAAGUCAACCUUCUAGGAGUCGAUCAAUUACCCGACUCGAAGCAUUAUGUCUGUCAGGGGCCUGUUGCAGAAAGAGUUGCAAUCAAGCGCAACUCUAAAAAUCAUGCGCAUUUUGAUUUUCCACCAAUCAACAACGCGUAUUUGGGACUUGCGAUUGAUUUGUUUUACUUUCGUUUAAACGCAACUCUUUCUUCAACGGACCCCUGAAUAUGCACAACUUGUGUUGAUAAAAUCAUCGAAGUCAAAUUUGGCCAAGCCAAACAAUGUCCAGGGCUCUGUCUUACAAAGAGUUACAAUUGAUCCAAUCAGUCGUAACUCUAUGGACAUCCAUCGGUGUCAUAAUUUUUUCUGCAGGUAAUGUGCAAAAAUGUCCAUUGUAAUCAAAGGCGAACUGUCAAGAAAUUGAUGAACUUAUGGAUAUACAUUCAUAUCUAGGAAAAAUUUAGAGCAAACAUGCAUUUUAUAUGUUGACUUCGCUGGCUUUCCAUAGUUGCAAUUGAUCGGAUUAAUGCAACUCC